AUGGCAUUCCGGACCGGGGAGACCAUUGGCGGCUUUACCAUCGAUCGACUCCUGGGACGCGGGGCCUAUGGCGAGGUUUUUCUGGUGCAGCGGCAGGGACGGUAUGCCAUGAAGGUCAUCUCUUACGAUGCGGCUCACCAAAGGGACGCCGGCAGCAAGAGCUCCGACCCUGCCUUGGAGGCUGCCCUGGCCGAAGCGGCUCUGCUUCAGGAGCUCCGUUAUCCACACAUCGUGAGUUGCGAAGAUGUCCUGUACGAGAUGGAUCGGCAGGUCGUCUGUCUGGUGCUGGAAUACAUGGACGGAGGCGACCUUCAUGGCCUCAUCGAGCGCCAAAGAGAGGCCGGGACUGGAUUUGAUGCACAUUUUCCUCGCCGAGUGCUCGCGGCGGUCGGGGGUGCAUUGCAGUACAUACAUGGCGUCGGCAUCCUGCACAGAGACGUCAAGCCGGCAAACAUCCUGCUCUCAAGGAGAUCCGGCCGGAUUAAGAUCUCCGACUUUGGCAUCUCUAAGCUUGUCGAAGCUACGACUCUGCAGGCUCACAGCCUCGUAGGUACGCCGUACUACUUUGCUCCCGAGCUCGUCUCCGGCGACGCGUACGGACCAGCUGCCGAUGGCUGGGCACUAGGUGCCGUGGUCUACGAGGUCGCAGCACUGCGCCGCCCCUUCGAGGCACGGCAGACGGCUAAGCGGACCGAAGCUCCGGAAAGAGCGGCGCUUUGCGGCGGAGAGCACCAUGGAUCCAUCGAGUCGCCUCUGAUUCACGGCAUUUGGGCUCAGGGCGGGCCAGGUGGCGAGGGCGGUGGCUCGCCCUGGGGCUCCAAGUAUGAUGGCAAAGACAAAGAGGUUGGGGGCGAAGGCGGCAUACUGCAGAUGCCGCGGGAGCUCCAGGUCACCUUCCUACUGCUGUUCGUGACGGCAAUGUGCCUUCACGCGGACCAAAAUUUGGCAGCCCCGAAUCUGUCGCAAAUUGCCAGCGACUUCCAGAUGACACCGAUGCAGAAGGACUCUCGGCUUGGUGGCCUGGUGCAGUUUGGCUUCUUCCUCGUUGGAGGUGCCGUUUCCGUACUCGUGGGGCCUGCGGCAGAUCAGUUUGACCGGAUCAACGUCCUCUGCUGUGUUGUGCUCUGUGGCUGCAUCCCAUCGCUGCUCAUGAGCCUCAUGGUGCCGUCAACGAAGGCAGGUUUCUUCUAUUUCUUCAUGGCGAGGAUAUGCACAGGGGUCGCGAUCGGCGGCUCCUUUCCAGUCUUGUUUGCAUUCUCGGCGGACGUCUUUCCAGCCUCCCAGCGCGCGCUGAUCUCUGGAGCCCUCAAUGCUGCGGGCAAUGUCGGUGCGGCGCUGGGAGGUCUCAUGUCAGGGGUCGUGGGCCCAUCCUAUGGCUGGAGGAUGCCCUUCACCGUCGUGGCGCUCCCCACCCUCGUCUGCGCAGCGCUCGUCCGCCUUCUUCUGGCAGACCCAAGGACGCAGCAAAAGGCCAAGGCGAAGCGCGAGGAGGUGGUGGCCAACGAGGCUUUUUCUGCGUGGAUGGGUGGCGCAGAAAUUCGUGGGGAAGGACUUAGCAUGGAGGAUCUCGACCUGACCAAGUUUCAGAAGGUCUUCGCGGUGAAAUCCAACAUGUUGGUUUUCGCGCAGGCACUGCCCGGCUGCAUCCCCAUCUCAGUCAUCGUCACGUUCCUCGCGGACUAUUUGGCAACCGACCAAGGCAUGGCGGUUGAGGCAUCCACGGCCAUCACGGCGGUGUUUGGCAUGAGCUGCUUGGCCUUCGGGGUGACUGGCGGCAUCCUUGGACAGUCCCUCUGGAACCAGAGGCAGAAGAAGAUGCAACACUUCUGCUUCCUGACCGCCGCCGGCAUGCUGGUAGCCCCGCUGCCAUUCAUGCUGCUCGUGAACUCCUCGCAGGCGCUGAUCACGACUUCAUCCGGCCGGCCAACGCUCUUUGCCUUUUUCUUGGCUCUCUGCGGCGGGUCUGCUGCACUAGCAGGCCCCAACAUCCGGGCAGUGCUUAUGAACGUGAACCCCUCGGAGCGGCGUGGCACGGUCUUCUCAGCUUUCACCUUGUGUGAUGACCUGGGCAAGGGGCUGGGCCCCAGCAUUGUGGUGGCGCUAGUGUCGCUUCUUGGACGUCGCAAGGCCUUCACCCUGGCAUUUGGGGCGUGGUGGAUCAGUGGAGCCAUUGUCACGCAGCUUCGCAGUUCCCUCAGCAUUGACGCUUCUCGUGGUGGAGAUUCGUUACUUCCGACGAAGAAGAUGUAG